AUGGAGCCAACGCGUGAUCAAGACCUCGGCCGCGACAACUUCCACGAUAACCUGAUUCCGAGUAGCUGGCAGCGUGACUCUCAAAAAGACUUGCGACGCGGUGCCUAUGAUAAAGCUCCAUUAAACGAAGACUCACACAGUCGUCACGAUGAAGACAACGAAGACGAGGAACUUGAAGAGGACAUCACCGGCCCCGGAAAUCUGCCGUUUCGCUCGCGUCGCUAUGACUUGGUGCCUGAAGAGACCGAGUUUGCAGAUCCAUUGGCUUCGCCACCGCCAGCGCCUUCCACCGCCGCUUUUCACUACGAUGCCGACUCGCUCCCAGCAACAGUGUCGGACCGCAGAGGCUUUGGUGCGCAGCCAUCACCACUCUCCCCCAAAGACACAGAGCGCCUCAUUAUACAGAAUGGCCCGAAGUUCAAAUUGUGGACACCAAGGAUUUUGACAAAGCUAUCAUUGCUCUUGUUCGCGGCAGUCUUUUUACUCUUACUCCUUGUGACUGGGCUGGUCUACCACCUCUCCCUACGCAGCAAGGGUCUCGCCGUCGCCAACGAGGCCAGUCACUAUCUGGGAAGAUGUCUUCCUACCACACUAUUUGUCUUCAUAUCUGUAUGCUGGCGCCAGGUUGACUACCACAUCAAGAGUCUCAUGCCAUGGAGCGAAAUGUCCAGGUUCCCUGCCCUGGCCGAGAGAAGCGUAUUUGUCGAUUACCUUACGCCCGCACUGCCCGUCAGCUUCUAUCGCGCGGUGAGAAAUCGGCACUGGCCAGUGGUGCUCUCGAGUCUUGUCUACACACUCCUUAUCGGCACAAUGCUCUUCUCCACGGGACUACUCAUGUUGGAGGACGCCUCCGUGUCCGAAAUAAGAAACGACAUUAAACUCAAGUCUGAAUUCAAAUUAGCCUCCAGUGCCGACUCCAAGUUUUGGAAUGUUGGGCCAGGCGGGGCGCAACUCUACAAUGCCGUCAACUUCCAAGGCCUUCACUAUCCACCAGGCACUUCGAAAGAUGCACUCAUUCCUCAGCUGCAGAUUCCAGCCAAUAGCGCCGGAAAUACCAACUUCUCGGUCUCAGUUGAUGCCAUGAUGUUUGACCUAGACUGUCAGCAGCUGCCAAUCACCAACGCGACCAAAACGUCCAUCUCGUGGAAAAGCAUGCUCGCCCAAUAUUUCGUCGCCGAUGUCAACACCACCGACUGUUCCAUCAAGGGCAUCCCUCUCGCUGGCGGGCCCGAUCACUACCAAUACAACGACAAGAACGCCACUCAAAAUUACCAAGCCCAAUUUGAGGUCUAUCCUUGCAACACUGGUUGGGACUUUAGCAAGGCAGAGGCCAAGCCGGAUGACGACAAAGCCGCCAUCGUCUUCGACCCUUCUGCUGAUCAGCGUGUUUUUCUCUCAGUCACAAAUCUUGAGAUCUCCCCCUAUGAUAAGUCUUUAAAUGCCCCAAGCUACAUGUAUGUCAACGAGAUCAGCGCUUUCCUAUGCAAGCCCUCAUACACCAUGAGGCCGGUCCUUGCUUCGCAGCCGAGCCCGGUCGACGGUGCUGCCCAGUUCAGGAGCAUGGCUGAGUCAGGGUCGGCGCCCGUUGCGCGCAUAGAGACAGGGGCAGACAAUGAACGUGUCGAGGGUAUCUCGAACGGCGCCGUGGCCAUGGCUGUUCACGCCUCGGCGUCAAGCAUGUUCCUGGGAACCGGCGGAAAGGACUUUGCACUUUCUGAGAUGGUGCCGACAUUCUUUCAGUUUAUGACUAUGAAGGCCAAGAAGGACGGCAUUGGCGCAUUUACAGACCCAGAGCUACUCAAAGCCACUGCCAAGAAUGUGUACCAAGGGAUGGCCGCGCAGACAAUGCACCUUCUCGCUCGGCAACGUGCCGAGAAGAGCACCGUAGGAUCGAUUGAGUAUGCCGGACAGAAGCUUGUAGCUUACUUGGUAUCUACUGCCAUGAUCUGCACAUUUCUGGGCAUGUGCGCUAUCAUGGCAGCUAUUUUGGCAUUCAUCGCACCUCGCGCGGUUACUCCUUCUCGCCCUGGCUCCAUUGCAUCCAUGACUAACAUCAUGGCAACGAGUCCUUUGUUCCGACAAGUUAUGCUAGGAACGGGCAAGGCUAGCACAUCUGCACUGCGCCAGAAGCUGGAAGAAUGCCGAUACAAGACCGUACUAACGUCAACGCCGUCUUCUUUCAGCCUUGAAGCAGUUCGACAAAUGGAAACCGAAACUGUCCGCAACGACCGCAAAGCGCGUUCCACGGCGGCCUGGUGGAGGCCUACGGCUGCUCACUGGUGGUUCCUUGUUCUAGCGCUGGCCAUCCCACUUGCUAUGAUCGGGGCCCUUGAAGGAAUUCAGAGACUCUCUGACAGCAACCAAGGCUUCCUCUCCGUCAGUCGAUCCAGCGCUACCAUCUUCACUACCUUUAUUCCCGCCGCCGCUGUUGUCUGCAUCGCUAGCACAUAUGCAAAACUCAGCACCAUGGCUGCUGUCUUUGCCCCUUUCCUCGCGCUGAAGAAGGGGCACGCCGCGGCUCAUCGCACCAUGCACUUUGAUGUCGUCGGCAGAACCCAUCCAGUUGCUUUUCUGCGCUCCAUAAAAGCACGACACUUUGCUGUCGCCAUUCUGGCUGCGGCUAGCAUGAUUGCUCUUUUGUUAGCCAUUGUUGUCUCGAGUCUGUACAGUGUCGUUGAGUUUGACAGAUCUGAAAGCAUGACCAUCCAGCGCAUUGACAACUUCAAGCUGGACAAUGCAAAGCUCACCAUGCAAGACAACCACGCUGCGUCCAUGGACAGCCUCAUCCGCUACGCCGGAGUUAACUAUUCCCAGUGGACAUGGGAAGGACUCGCCUUUCCUCGGUACGAGCAGAAGCAGUUCCCUAGCGACCAGUUCCUCGGCGAUGCACCGCUGGUCGCAAAGGUGCAGGCUAUCCGUCCCAGGCUGACGUGCUCUGCUGUCCCAUCGACAGGACGGGUGAUUUCGCAGGUGGCGGACAAGCAGAGCCCGGGCGCGUACGUCAAGCUGCCCUACCAGAACGAAUACUGGACGCCGCGCCCGGGUCAUGUUACCGUCGGCUUCAACACGACCCUGAAGUUUGCCGACUACUGUGAGACGCCCCCAACAACGAAUGUUUCUCAGGCAAGCUGGAUGCAGUACUUUAGCGUGCCAAACGACACCAACACCGCCUAUAUUGGUAAGGGAUCUGUGCUUGUCUGGGACGGAAAGGAGAUAUACGGUGAUGGUGCCGUCAAUACGCACUUGUCCUCUCACGUCAGUGUGAAUUUCGACGUGCAAGACCACGGCUGCCCCAGCUUUGCUGCUACUUUUGGCACGAUCAAGACUGUGCAAUCAGGCCAAGGGGGCGAUGUCUCGUCGUGGAAAUUUGAGCAUGACCUGGCUACUGUUAUUUGCUACCAAACGUUUGAAGAAGUGACCGCCGAUGUCACUUGGCAACUUCCCGACUUGACACUUGAUCCAUCACACCCACCCAUCAUCGACGAAUCCUCGGCCCGCAAACUAAAUUCCAGCACCGGCAGCGAGCGGUUUCAGAUCCCCGUUAAUGCCUGGCUGGAAGGCCUCACCGAUCCCGUCUACGACCGCAGAAUUCCCGCCCCCAACAACGGCACCUCGGCCCUCAAUGACGUGGACGAGCUCAUCGACGCUCUCAUCCUCGGUCAGCCGGGCGUACCCAUUACCGACAUUGUCGGUGAGUCCAACGCUCGCCGCCUCGGCGACGUUCUGACCCGAGCAUAUCAGGCGUACAUGGCGCAGGCCGUCUCCCUCAACAUGCGCUCCUCCACCGAGUCCAUCAGCCCGCGCGCCGUCACCGGCAGCAUCACUGGCACGAUGCGCAUCCCCGACCAACGCCGGCUCGUGCAAAACGCGGCGCCCAAGAUUGCGUUGCAGGUGCUGCUUGCCAUCAUGGUGCUGUGCCUCGCCGCCGCGCGCCCGUUGCUGCGCGUCGGUCGCGUGCUCCCGCACAACCCGCGCACGAUUGCUGGCAUGGCCGCGCUGUUAGCGGACAGCGACCUCGCGACCGACAAGGUCAUCCCGGCGGGCUCCGAGUGGCUUGGUGAUGAUGCGCUGCAUAGCGCCAAGGUGUUGUCAGGCUGGACGUUUGCGCUGCGGUGGUGGGAGGAUGCCGAGAAGACGGCCGAGGCGAGACGGUAUGGCGUUGGAAUAGAAAUGGACUUGUCCUGA